AUGGGAGGGAAUAAAACCGCACCCGCUGAGUCCGGGAAAGGUUUGAACGGUGGCUCACGCCGGCCUGGCCCUCCAGGGACGCUCCCGGGAGAAAGGCCCUUCAAAUGCGCCGAGUGCGGGAAAAGCUUCCGCCUCAGCUCCAACCUGCUCACCCACCAGAGAACCCACACCGGGGAGCGGCCCUUCCCCUGCCCGGACUGCGGGAAACGCUUCGGCCUCAGCUCCAACCUGCUCACGCACCGGCGACACCACACGGGCGAGCGGCCCUUCCCCUGCCCGGCCUGCGGGAAGCGCUUCGUGCAGAGCUCCGACCUCCUGUCCCACCAGCGGCUCCACACGGGGAAACGCUUCAUUCAGAGCUCGCACCUGAUUCGGCAUCAGGGUCUCCACUUGGGCGAGAAGCCCCACCGGUGCCUCACCUGCGGGCGGGAAUUCACCCAGAAGUCACACCUCAUCAGGCACCAGGGGAUCCACACCGGGGAGGAGCCCUACACCUGCCCGGACUGCGGGGAGACCUUCCUGCAGAACUCCCGCUUCCUGGUGCACCGGCGAAGCCACACGGGGGAGAAACCUUUCAAGUGCUCGGACUGCGGGAAAGGCUUCGGCCGGCGUUCCCACCUCGCUGUGCACCGGAGAACGCACACGGGCGAGAGGCCCUACCAGUGCCUGGCCUGCGGGAAACGCUUCAGUGUCAACUCCAACCUGGCCGCGCAUCAGAGGACCCACACGGGCGAGAGGCCCUAUAGGUGCCUGGCCUGUGGGAAAAGUUUCCAGCGGAGCUCACAUCUUAGUAAGCACCAGAAAACCCACGCGGCAAAGCGGGCAUGA